AUGAACUAUUGGCUGCCCGGCAGUUCAGGUUCCGAUCCUCUCGAUCAUCCACGAGAGGAAUGCGGUGUUGUAGGUAUCUACACGCCGGGUACCAACAGCGCAUCGCUCACCGCGAUCGGGCUGUUCGCGCUACAACACCGGGGGCAGGAGUCGGCAGGGGUUGCCGCUUCAGACGCCGGGGAGAUCCGCGCCCACACCGGGAUGGGUCUGGUUUCGGAGGCGUUCGCCGAUGGAGACCUGGACCGCAUCACCGGCGAUCUGGCCAUCGGCCACACCCGGUAUUCCACCACCGGCACCAGCGCCUUUUGCAACGCGCAACCCCUGCUGGUCGACGGAGUUAACGGCCCGCUGGCCGUGGCCCACAACGGCAACAUCAUCAACGCCGUCCAAUUGCGUGAACAGUUGCAGGCCAGGUGGGAUUGCGCUUUCGAUACCACCACGGAUUCCGAGGUCGUAGCCCAUCAGCUGGCAAACGCGCCCGGAGCAACCUGGGCAGAACGACUAUUCCACGGAAUGCGAACCAUGCAGGGCGCAUUCUCAUUGGUGAUUCUCACGCCCGAUAGGUUGAUUGCGGCGCGCGACCCGCUGGGAAUACGUCCCUUGUGCCUCGGCAAGCUGGAUAACGGCUGGGCCGUAGCGUCAGAGACCUGCGCCCUGGAUCAUAUGCAGGCGGAAUUCGUGCGCGAACUUGAACCGGGGGAAGUGGUAACCAUUGGCGUGGACGGUGUGCAUUCAGAGAUUUACGCCGGGUCGGCCCGCCGCGGCCGGGCGUUGUGCGUGUUCGAGUGGAUCUACUUCGCGCGCCCUGACAGCGUGAUGGACGGCAAGUUGAUGCACAACGCGCGCGAAGAUAUGGGUGCGCAGUUGGCCAGAGAGCAUCCGGCAGACGCUGACCUGGUGAUUGGCAUUCCCGACUCUUCCACCGCAGCGGCGGUUGGCUAUUCCCGCGAAUCGGGCAUUCCCUUCGCCAACGGCCUGGUACGCAAUCGCUAUGUGGGCCGCACCUUCAUUGAACCGGAACAGCAGCGUCGCGACCGUGGUGUCCGGCAAAAGUUCAACCCGAUGCCCGCGAUCUUGCGCGGCAAGCGGUUGGUAGUGGUCGACGACAGCAUCGUGCGGGGCACCACCACGCCCCAUGUGGUGGAGUUGCUGCGGCGAGCCGGCGCUACCGAAAUUCAUCUGCGAGUGUGCGCGCCUCCAAUCAAACACCCCUGCUACCUGGGCGUCGAUAUGGCCACCCGGCAGGAAUUGAUCGCCGCCAACAAAUCGUUGGACGAGAUCAAGGAGAUCACCGGCGCCGACACCCUGGGGUAUUUGAGCGUCAACGGUCUGAUGGAUCUGGUGCGUGGAAAGCAAGGCGGUUUUUGCGAUGCCUGCUUCACUGGCAAUUACCCCGUGCCGGUGCAGUUGGAUUUGGGCAAGCUGUCGCUGGAGAUUGCGGCGUCCUGA